CGAUCUGAGCUGAGCAACAUGGCUUUCACCGAAGACAGUUUGAGAGCAAAGCUGGCUUCUCUCAACGAAACUCAAGAUUCCAUCUCCACUGUUGGCCAAUGGAUUUUAUUCCACAGGCGCCAUGCUGACAAAAUUGCCCAACUCUGGUUCCAGCGAGUCAAAGAGUCGCAAGCAAACAAGCGACUGACGCUGGUCUAUCUCGCAAAUGAAAUUGCUCAGCAAGCAAAGAUCCGCAAAAAGGAAGAAUUCAUCAAAGCCUUUGAUCCAGUCAUUGUUGAAGGCAGCUCGGCUGCAUACAAAGGCUCUGGUCCUGAUAUUCAGAACAAGAUUCGACGGGUCAUCGAAGUAUGGCGCCAACGCACUGUUUUCAAGCCACAGGUCCAAGAUGAGAUCGAACGGGCAUUGAAUGAGAUUGAUCGUUCUCGGUCCACUCGGAAGCCUGCCCUCGGAGGCUCACUUUUCUCCAGUUCCUCUAUUCCACCCGAGCUGAAAUCCGUCGAACCUUUUGCCACGGCUGUUCAGAAGGCAGAGCUCAACAUCAAACCUGCAUUGGCGACCGCGAACCAGGAGUAUGAAAAGCUCACGAACCCAAAUAACACGAUUCCUACUGCUCCUUUGCACGCUGCACACCUCGCUACGCUCGUCAGAAACCUCGCCGUGGCUGAAAGCGCUGUAGCCGAUGGCAUCAAAGCUCGAAAGGAGCUCAUUGCUGGCCUAGAGAAGCUGCUCGAAACGAACAAAUCCAAGGUGGCACAAGAGGAAACGCAACUAGCGGACGUCAAAUCACGAAAGGAAGCCAUCGAUGCCCGUAAGCGCGAGGUCGAAGACGCCAUCCUCCGCGGCCUUUCCACCGCAGAGACAACCGCCAUCUCCGCUGCACCCCUCCCCGGCGUGACCCCAGUCUCGCACGAGCGGCCCGAUGUCGAAGAGCUCACCCCGCCUCCCAUGGAGUCUUUCACCCCAGUAGGCUCUCCAGUGCAACAGCCUAGCAAAGACGCACCCGCUCUUCCAACCGAUGAAUCGACAGAGCAUGCACUACCCCAAGCUUGGGCUAAUCCGACUUCUGACCUCUCGGCUCCUGCUGCUGCUGCCACUGCAACCAUUCCCCCGCCUUCUAUUCCCGGAGCCGAUCUGCUGCGGAGCUUGACACAUGCGAGACAGGAGGACAAUGGCGCUUAUGCCCCAACCUCCGCUAAGAAGCGGAAGACGAGCCGCAAUGCCGCAGAAGACGAAUUCGCCGUGUUUGCAGAGGACGACGAUAUGAACGGGAUCGAUUCCAAUCUUGGAGAACUCAUUUGA